AUGUUGACAUCAUCGUUUCACGAAUACCUUUCGAAUCCACCACAAUUUCAAUUACGACGAUUACUUGAUGCAUUUGAAAAGGAACAGAAAAGUUUUAACGAUGAAUCAACGCGAUCAGUUCGUGCUCUUGAAGAAAGAUGCAGGCAAUUUGCGGAUAAUCAAGCAAUUCUACAAGUUCGACUUCUGGAAAAAGAUUCUGAAAUAGAAUUACUAAAAACUCAACUAAGUACACGUAUUACGGCCGAUGAACAACUUCGAUUAAUGAAAAUGAAAUUGGAUAAUGAAUUACUCGAAAGUAAGAGUAAAAGUGAUCAAAUUCGUGUUUUGACACAACAAGCUGAAGUUGUUAAAAGACAACAUGAAAAUGAAAUCGGAGAAAAGGAUAAGUGUAUCAGUGAACUUUUCUCAAAAUUGAAAGCUGCCGAAGAUGCAAGUAAACCAGCGUUGGAAAAAAUUGCUAAUCUUCAAAGUGAAAUUAAUGAGUUAAAACAACAGUUAGUUGAAAAAGAAGUUGAUCUUAAGAGAUGCGAGAAUUAUUAUGAUGAAGUACGAAAAGCUGAACAAUUAGUUGAACAAAUUCGAUUGGAACGUGAUGAGGUACGAUCAACACUGAAUAAAAUACCAACUUGUGUUAUUUGCCUUGAUAAACGGCCACAAAUGCUCUACAUGCCAUGUUCACAUUUUAUUUGCUGCGAUGGAUGUGGCAGUCGAUUUGAGCAAUGUCCUGCUUGUCGGCAAAAAAUAUGCGGCAAAAUAACAGUUUAUCAGUGA